AACGACACCCGAGUCAUUGACUCAGUUCACAACUCACUAUUUAUUGAUUCACCAGAUUCGCCGGAGGCCCUUGAAAAUGGGCGAGCCGUACGACUCCGAUGACCGGAAUGGCGCCGUGACGGUUGAGGAAGAAGAUGGAGUCAGUUACAGUUCCAAAGGAGUGCGCAGUGAGGAUCAGACCGUCUACGAGCCUCUCCGCCGUCUGAUCGCUGAGAUUUUCUUCCCCGAUGAAUUUAAGGGCACUUCUCUGUUUCACCGUGUUAAGCUUUCCGUCGCCGAGAAUGGUCCGGCCGUUGGCCAGGCUUGCAGAAACGUAGGUCGCGAUGUUCUUCGCUGGACUCGCAGGGGCAGUCCUCUUCGAGCUCUCCUUGUUAUCUCCGUUGGGACUAUUGCUCUUCUUGCAUUGACGGGAUUGCUCAUCUUUCUGCUAUUCUUUCUGGCAGCAACUCUGAAUGCCAUUAUCAUUUCUCUUCUCGUUUCCUUGGCUGCAGUUGGAGGCUUCUUGGCUCUUUUCUUUGCCUGUGUAACGGCUGUAUACAUCGGAGCCUUAACAGUUGCUGUGUUUGUUAUAUCCACUGCAACAUUCUCUGCAAUUGUAGCAGUGUUGGUUGCCACAGGUUGGAUUGGGUUCUUCUGUGUGGUUUGGCUGGCAGUACGGAGAAGUUUUGGCUUUGCUAAGCAGUCAUUGAGCGCAAGCAGUUCAGCAAUUUCGGCAUUUUCUUAUGCUAGGCGUGCUCACAAAGACUAGGUAAUCUUAUAGAUAAGGAAUUAAAUGAAUGCUGCAAGUUGAGAUUUGUUAUUGCUUGAAACUUUUUGGAAGAUCUGCUGCAUACGUUGUGUUGAGUUUGAAGGCCUAGGUAGUGUGUUCUUAACGUGUAUUUGUUAUGUAAAUAUUCCUUUAAAAGUUUGAGUUUUAAGUUGCAUUAUAAAUAAUACUAUUUUAUGUGUUCCUUUGUUAGUGAUGGAAGUAUCAAUAUUGAAAGAUGGAGCUUCCGAGAAAUAUUAUCAUAA